GGGGCAGGUUUCGGGGAAGAGCUGAACAGCGCCACACAUUUCCUCGGCGAUAACAUCAGCGCUUGUCAGGUGGUUGGAGCCGGCGUGUGUGCGCGCGCGCGCGCAAGGAGGAGGGCGAGGGGGCGCGCGCUCACACAAAGUUUGUGCCUGCGGGUUCGCCGCGGUCGGGCGUCCUGGGCGAGGAGGCCGGGGCGGAGGGGCCCGGCAGGCGGUGGUGGCGAUGCGCCGCACCCCGCCGAGCCCGUCCCGCCGCGCUGGGUGAGGCGGCUCCUGGAGCGCGGCCGCGGCCAUGGGCACCCUGGGCAAAGCGAGAGAAGCUCCGCGGAAACCUCAUGGCUGCAGAGCAGCCCCUAAAGCAAGAGUAGAGGGGAAGCCCUCCAGCAGCCCCCUCCCCUGCCAUCCCAGCCUGGCCCAGAUCACUCAGUUCCGAAUGAUGGUGUCUCUGGGACAUUUAGCCAAAGGAGCCAGCCUGGACGAUCUCAUCGACAGCUGUGUUCAAUCUUUCGAUGCAGACGGAAACCUGUGUCGAAGUAACCAACUGUUGCAAGUCAUGCUGACCAUGCACCGAAUUCUCAUUUCCUCUGCUGAGCUGCUCCAGAAAGUUAUCACUCUCUAUAAGGAUGCCUUGGCAAAGAAUUCACCAGGGCUUUGCCUGAAGAUCUGCUAUUUUGUAAGGUAUUGGAUAACAGAAUUCUGGAUCAUGUUUAAAAUGGAUGCCAGCUUGGCAAGCACUAUGGAAGAGUUUCAGGAACUGGUGAAAGCUAAUGGCGAGGAGCUGCACUGCUGCCUGAUUGACACAACUCAAAUCAAUGCCCGUGACUGGUCCAGGAAACUGACUCAAAGGAUAAAAUCGAACACCAGCAAGAAACGCAAAGUCUCCCUGCUCUUUGACCAUCUAGAACCAGAAGAGCUCUCUGAGCACCUUACCUACCUGGAGUUCAAGUCCUUCCGGAGGAUAUCUUUCUCCGAUUAUCAGAAUUACCUCGUGAAUAGCUGCGUGAAGGAGAACCCUACCAUGGAGCGGUCCAUUGCCCUGUGUAACGGCAUCUCCCAGUGGGUACAACUGAUGGUUCUCAGCCGCCCCACCCCCCAGCUCCGAGCUGAAGUCUUCAUCAAGUUCAUCCAGGUGGCUCAGAAGCUCCACCAACUACAGAACUUCAAUACGUUGAUGGCUGUGAUAGGAGGGCUCUGUCACAGCUCAAUCUCCAGGCUCAAGGAGACAAGUUCACAUGUCCCGCAUGAAAUCAAUAAGGUUCUGGGUGAGAUGACUGAGCUGCUGUCCUCCUGCAGAAACUAUGACAACUACCGGCGUGCCUACGGGGAGUGCACCCACUUCAAGAUCCCCAUCCUGGGGGUACACCUCAAGGACCUCAUCUCCCUGUAUGAAGCCAUGCCCGACUAUCUGGAGGAGGGGAAGGUGAACGUCCACAAGCUGCUGGCCCUUUACAAUCAUAUCAAUGAACUGGUCCAGCUGCAAGAGGUGGCCCCGCCCCUGGAGGCUAACAAGGACCUGGUGCACCUGCUGACGUUAUCCCUAGAUCUCUACUACACUGAAGAUGAAAUCUACGAGCUUUCUUAUGCCCGGGAACCGAGGAACCACAAAGCCCCACCACUAACACCUUCAAAGCCACCAGUAGUAGUGGACUGGGCCUCUGGAGUAUCUCCCAAACCUGAUCCAAAGACCAUAAGCAAACACGUCCAGAGGAUGGUGGAUUCUGUCUUCAAGAACUAUGAUCAUGACCAGGAUGGAUACAUUUCCCAGGAAGAAUUUGAAAAGAUUGCUGCGAGUUUUCCAUUUUCCUUCUGUGUGAUGGACAAAGACAGGGAAGGUCUCAUCAGCAGAGAAGAGAUCACCGCCUACUUCAUGAGGGCCAGCUCCAUCUACUCCAAGCUGGGCCUGGGCUUUCCUCACAACUUCCAAGAGACAACCUACCUGAAGCCCACUUUCUGUGACAACUGUGCUGGAUUUAUCUGGGGAGUGAUCAAACAAGGGUAUCGGUGUAAAGACUGUGGGAUGAACUGCCACAAACAAUGCAAAGACCUGGUUGUGUUCGAGUGCAAGAAGCAAGCCAAGAACUCAACAGCUCCCACAGAGAACAGCACCUCUGUGGGGCCAACGUCCAACCUUUGCUCGUUGGGAGCCAAAGAUCUGCUCCAUGCACCAGAGGAAGGACCUUUCACAUUCCCUAAUGGGGAGGCUGUGGAACACAAUGAGGAAAGUAAGGAUCGGACCAUCAUGCUCAUGGGAGUGUCCUCACAGAAGAUUUCUGUUCGGCUGAAGAGGACUGUUGCCCAUAAGGCCACCCAGACCGAAGCACUGUCUUGGCUUGGCAGUGAGGGCCCUUCCAGUCACUUUGUGCUAUCUUCCCCAAGGAAGACAGCCCAGGAUACUCUGUAUGUACUUCCCAGCAAUACAUCUCCAUGCCCCAGCCCAGUCUUGGUCAGAAAGCGGGCUUUCGUCAAGUGGGAGAAUAAAGAAUCCCUCAUAAAAUCAAAGGAGGAGCUCCGUCACCUCAGACUCCCAACCUACCAAGAGCUGGAACAGGAAAUAAAUACCCUGAAAGCAGAUAAUAAUGCUCUAAAGAUCCAACUGAAAUAUGCACAGAAGAAGAUAGAAACCCUCCAGCUUGCAAGAAGCAAUCAUGUCUUGGCUCAGAUGGAGCAGGGUGACUGUUCUUAGCCCAGAAACUCAAGCAGCACAAACUGCAGAGUGUAUCAGAGAUCUUAUUUCCUAAACCUCUUAACACAAAGACCUGGGAAACCUUAGACUGACUGGCUUUCAAAAGGGUACUUUAAAGAAGGAAAGCUGGCUACUCUUUUGUUACUUAAAAGAUUCCAACUGUGCAGUAUGGUUUUCUCUUCCAGCCAGUUGAAUCGAAGGGAGGAAAGCUGAAGAAUGCAAAAUAUUUGCCAUUCAUACCAGAAAUUUCCGCCCCCCCCCAACCAGGACUAAUAUCAAAAGCAUGAUAAAAAAACAUGACUAUAGUUUUCUGACAAGAUAGCUUCUUCUAUGUGGCCUGCCCAGCUGCUUCUUCCUUAGAACUAAAAUCCCUGGAAAAUGAAUUUGUUUCCUUCCCGUUUUUUCCUGAGGCAUUUAUUUGGUUCCAUCCAAAGCUUGCUUAUAAUGGAAAAAUACUCACAUUCCAAAAGUAGAAUCGCUUCCUCUAUAUUUCAGCAUUCUUUAUGAAUCUGGUUCCCACUUCACUACCUCAGAUCUAAUCAAUUUGCCUUUUCCCCUUCUUCCUCACUACGUUCUUACACACAUGAGGAUAUCUACCUAGAAGAGAACUUCUAGAGAUGUAGCCAUAAAUUUGGGGAGAGCAGGAAGGGGCUAUUAAACAACAUGACAUCAUCCAAUUACAGGUCAACUCAUAGUUUUAGUCUGAGUCAUAAAAGAAGUAGCCAAGUUAAGUACCUGGAAAUGUGGCUAUUAGCACCUCACACAUGGCUGGCUAAUUACCUAAAACAAACAUAACGCAAACAUGAUGUUUGUCCCUCAUAAUCUACACUGGAUAGAAUGAAGAAUUUAUGGCUUUUUAAAAAUGUUUAACUCUCAUAUGCCAUCUUUUUUUUUUUUCUUGAAGGAAGUUUCUGAACUGAAUUUGUGCUUGUACUGUCUUCACUAUUAAUACUAUUUAGAAAUAAGCUAAUUGGAUCAGAGGCUUCAGUAAUAGCUGACAGCAUGUACAUAUGUACAUAUGUAUAUACAACAUCAGACAUGCAUGUGGCUUGGAAUUCUGUUUCUUCCUUAGUAAAAUGUGUGAGUUAAACGACUUUUGGUCAUGUACACAAAUUCACGAAGUUCAGUUUGUUACAAGAUAAAGAAAUUGCUCAGAAUGUAAAUUGUAUUGUUUGGCAAAAUCACAAGAGUCCUGUGAGUCUUCUGUUAAUGAAGGUUAAUGAUAAAUGGGCUCUUUUAAUUAUCUGGGCAACUAUU